AUGGAAUACAAAGCUGUAGGCAACGUAGUCUCAAUAUUGGCCGUGUCCAGAUGUGAAACUGGUUCCUGUCCGCCAACGCUGUCUGCCAAUAUUUGCGAGGCGUUAUGCGGACCCACUACAGCCUGUAACGCUUCUCAGAUAUGCUGCCCGACAGCCUGCGGAGGUGCUAUGUGCGUAGAUCCUAUGACGCAGAGGCAUUUUGUCACAUUAGUUAAGAAGGGCCGCUGUUCCGAGUUUCCACGUGGUCCCUGGGUCUGCAGUCACACGUGCACCGGAGAUUCGGACUGCCCCCGAGCGCUCAAAUGCUGCCCCAACAGGUGUGGGGCAUUGACAUGUCAGAAACCAGAGUUAGAUGAAGUACCACCGAUAUAA